AACGAAUGCCGGCGGAAACGCGCGUAAUUAUUGCGCGGGAAAUAUUCGUUCAGGAACAAUUAUUUACAACGUGUAAUUCAGUACCUACUGAUCAUUGAACCAAAGGAGGUUUUUGCGGUUUUAUAGUGUCUGUGGUUUUUAGUUUUUAACAGAAAUGGGAGCUGGUAAAUAGAAAACAAUGGAAAAUGGCCGUGAACCAUGCGAAGAGGUCAUAUAUAAAAAAGUAUUGCCAAAACUCAGUCAGCGAGCGCCAAAAAUCCUCGAAAAUUCGACGGAAAGUUUGGCAAAAUUGAACCAAUUAGUUGAUACGUUGGAACCAAAUCACCUAAGCCUUUUGGACAGGAUAACAUUCGAGAGCGAGAAGAUUAAAGGGAGUCAGAGUGCGUCUUCGUCGAGAAGAAAUAGCGGAGAUGGAGGUAGAGCUAAGAGGGAAUUUAGAGAAGAUGGAACGAGUUCUGAGCCACCUACUGCAAACGUCACGAAUUAUAACGCGUGGAAUGACCUCACAAGCUCCACUUCCACGACGCGAACAGAACUUAGUGGUUCCGACAGUCAUGUAGACGAUCAGUUAUCAACUCGCCGUCGAAGCCACGAUUCCGCAAUACCCAACACUCCCGUCCAACGGUCUGCUUGGAAGUCCGUAGACAACCUUGCUCCUGACUCAGCGUUCGGCACCUCGCUGGCUGAUAUUAUGGAGAGUCCUACUAAUAAGAUCUACCUUCGAGAUGACUUAAACUCUUCAAGGGACAGUUCAGAAGAGCGCAGAGCUAAGAUGAAUUGGCGGCUGCUAAGGAAUGCAACUUCAGCUGCUGUGAUGUUUAGUAAAAAGGAUACGGCGUUACCCGGCACUCCACUGCCUAGUUUUCAGUCCAAACCUAGCAGCCAAAGUUCCAACUAUCCCAGAGAAGAACGACAACCUUCUAUACCAAAUGGUUCAAAAGAACAAGAGCAAAACGUUGGAGAAACUAGUUCAGAGGGGUUAGACCCAGAUUCCUUGAUGUUUCGAGAUGGCAGGCGCCGUAUAGAUAUGGUUCUCGCGUACGAAGAAGAAGAUUAUGGUGUGAUGACAGAACUAGAGGCACGGAAGAGGGAAUACAGACGGACAUUCCAAGAAAAUCUAAUAAAAGAAGGCCUUGAAUUAGAAUUGGAAAACAAGUGCCUAUCGUUCGACGGUAAAACAUGGUUCCUAAAAAUUCACAUUCCUUGGAAAACUGAGAUGCGGCUGGCUGAAGUUUUAAGUAUGAAGUUACCAACCAAAAGAUUUAUAACGAUAUCUGUAAGAGCCUGGGGUGAUGAGGUUGAAGCGGAAUUAGAUAAACAUUGGUGCACAAAAUUUCGUCACAAAUGGAAGAAUUUGUACGAGUAUGAACACGCGAGAAUCGAACCUGAACCCUCAUUUAACAACGCAACUGACAAACCUGGUGUCAAGAGGGAGGAACAAUUUCUAGUAAAAGAUAGAUAUACUCAAUUCUCACCAGCUCAACGUAGCUUACUAGUCAUGCAAAUAUUACUUCGAGCGAAAUAUGACAAUAAUGAUACUAAGUUGGGUAUCCGCCGGUUACUUAACGACGGCACAUAUUUAGCAUGCUUUCCUCUUCACGAAGGCAGAUAUAACUUAGAUAUGGAGGACAAAACUCAAACAGAUCGGCGUCUUCUGUACUUGGAAUGGGCGCGUCCCAGCAAAUGGUAUAAGAAGCAACCGCUCUGGCUUAUCAGAAGAUACUUCGGAGAGAAGAUCGGCCUGUAUUUCUGCUGGCUCGGCUUCUACACCAAGAUGCUAUACGCACCAGCCAUUGUUGGGACGCUGUGCUUUCUCUAUGGGAUUGCUAGCAUGAAUUCCACUGAUAAUAUUCCCAGUAAAGAAAUUUGCGACAGCUACGGCCCUGGCAACACCACACUAUGUCCGCUCUGCGACAAAGCAUGCCAGUACCAGCGUCUUUCAGACUCCUGCCUCUUCGCCAAGAUCACGUAUCUCUUCGACAAUCCAGCGACUGUGUUCUUUGCUAUUUUCAUGUCUUUUUGGGCAACUACAUUCCUUGAGUUGUGGAAAAGAAAACAAUCUGUGCUAAGAUGGGAGUGGGACUUGGGAAGUGUCGAUCAAGACGAAGAUCCACGCCCCGAGUUUGAAGCCUCCGUGAAAACAUUCCGUACUAACCCAGUUACAAGAGAAAAGGAACCGUAUCUACCUACCUGGCAAAAAACCAUGCGAUAUGUGGCCACCAGCUCUGCUGUGCUUUUUAUGAUAACAGUAGUAAUGGGAGCUGUCUUAGGCACCAUAAUCUACAGAAUAUCCAUGGUGUCGGUCAUCUAUGGCGGUACUGGGUUCUUCUUGAAGAAGCACGCAAAGAUCUUCACGGCCAUGACGGCUGCGCUCAUUAACUUGACCAUGAUCAUGAUUCUUACUCGGAUCUACGCCAAAGUAGCAGUAUUUUUAACAAAUAUUGAAAACCCGCGCACGCAGACUGAAUAUGAAGAUUCUUAUACUUUCAAAAUAUUCUUUUUUGAAUUUAUUAACUUCUACUCAUCACUUAUCUAUAUCGCUUUCUUUAAGGGUCGUUUCUUCGAUUAUCCAGGGGACGAUCAAGCACGAAAAUCUGAGUUCUUUAAGUUAAAAGGAGAUAUUUGUGAUCCCGCUGGUUGUCUUUCCGAGUUGUGUAUCCAGCUCGCUAUCAUUAUGAUCGGGAAACAGUGCUUUAAUAACUUCGUCGAACUUGGUUACCCAAAAUUCCACAACUGGUGGCGUCAGAGAUCACACCGAGCAGUCACGAGAGAUCCCAACAAACCACACAUGGCUUGGGAACAGGAUUAUCAUCUACAGGACCCUGGACGACUGGCGCUUUUUGAUGAAUAUCUUGAGAUGAUCCUGCAAUAUGGCUUCGUGACGUUAUUCGUGGCAGCUUUUCCUCUGGCUCCACUUUUCGCUCUUCUGAAUAACAUCGCAGAAAUACGCCUCGACGCUUACAAAAUGGUCACGCAAGCAAGAAGACCGUUGGCUGAAAGGGUUGAAGAUAUAGGAGCUUGGUAUGGCAUUCUAAGAGGCAUCACGUAUGCUGCCGUAGUUUCUAAUGCAUUUGUGAUAGCAUACACCAGUGAUUUCAUACCUCGCAUGGUGUAUAAAUACGUAUACUCACCGGAUAACACUCUAGCGGGCUAUAUUGACCACUCGCUUUCACUUUUCAAUACAUCGGAUUAUAGGGAAGAAUGGGGUGCGGAUGAGAACGAAGUGGACCCCCCUGUGUGUGCAUACAGGGGGUACCGCAACCCCCCCGACCACACCGAUCCUUACGGCCUCUCACCACAUUACUGGCACGUUUUCGCUGCUAGACUUGCAUUUGUUGUUGUUUUUGAGCAUGUUGUGUUUGGUCUGACGGGCCUGAUGCAGCUUUUCAUCCCAGACGUGCCUACGGAGUUGCGCACGCAAAUGCAGCGGGAGGCACUUCUGGCCAAAGAAGCUAAGUACGAGCACGGUCGGCGCAGGCUGUCCACUGAGUACCACCAGCUGAUUAGUCAGAGCAGUGAUAGUGGGGUUUCAGAAAGACAGCCGGGGCCAUGGAUGCGCCGACAGUCGCGAGUGUCCAACGGGUUGGACGCGCACGUGGCCAUCGCGUCGAAGCCUUCUCCGCCGGACAUUACACAUUAAAUUACUCGUAGACAACUCACAAGAGUUGUGCUUGGUAUAAGUACCUAGUUCUUAUAUUUCAUGAGUGCGCGUGGCUCAUGCUUGUGUCGAUAAAUGUGAAGUAAAGUAAAUGUGUGCGUUAGAGGGUGUUUGCUGGUGUAAGAUAGGCGUGUAGAAACCAAAUAGGUAUGGGUUUAAUAAAAACUGCCAUUUCCCUUCAUUGUCACUUACCUCCAGUUGAGAUUGCAGUCAAGAGCUAACUUGUAUCUGAAUAAAAAUAAAAAAUGAAAAAAUAGACUGAUUGGUCCGACAGGCGUGCAAACUUACAUAAUGCCCAAUUUAAACGACUUAACUACAAGUAAAAUUCAGGCGCGCUAGUGAAUUGCAAAAACCAGGUAUUUAAACAUUUUACACCUCACCACAACGUUCGUUGAUAGAGUUCGAGUAUCUAAACACUUCAGCGUAAGAGUAAAAUGGACGUAAACCGUUUUGUUUUAAUGCUCAAGUUUGUCCAUAUACCUAGAGCUCAAAGCGGGAACAUUGCGAAAUUAAAAUCAAAGUCAAAGUUAAAGUCAAAAUCAUUUAUUCAAAGUAGGUACAAUUGUACUCCUUUUG